UUUUCCCCCCAUAUUUUCCCCAAUAUUCCCCCAAUAUUUCCCCACUAUUUUCCCCAUUUAUUCCCCAUUUUUCCCCACUUUCCCAGACGGUUUCCGGAAGGUGGUGCACCUGGAGCAGGGCGGGCUGGUGAAGCCGGAGCGCGACGACACCGAGUUCCAGCACCCCUUCUUCCUGCGCGGCCAGGAGCGCCUGCUCGAGAACAUCAAGAGGAAAGUCACCAGUGUGUCGUCGCUGAAGGGGGAGGAGGUGCGCGUGCGGCAGGACAGCGUGGCGCGGCUCCUCGCCGACAUGCAGGCCAUGCGCGGCAAGCAGGACAGCCUGGACUCCCGGCUGCUCACCAUGAAACAGUAGGGAAUAAAA